GGAGAAAAUGUGCUUUUCCUGGUGACCAAUUUCAUCAGCACAGCCCAGCAAGCCCAGGGCACCUGCCCCGAGAGCCCUUCUGUCCUCGAUGCGAUGUGCACGGAAGAUGCAGAUUGUCCCAUGGGAAACCCUGUGAUUCAUGGCAAUGGGAUUAAAACUGGGAGAUGUGUGAUGUUCAAUGCCACCUGUUCCACCUGUGAGAUCUAUGGCUGGUGUCCUGUGGAGAACAACACCCUGCCCAGGUGCAACACCUUACAAACCAGUGAUCCCAACUAUUUCAAGAGCUGCAGAUAUGAUCCAAUCUUCAGCCCUUUCUGCCCUGUGUUCCGUGUCCGUGACAUGGUGGAGGCAGCUGGAGAGACCUUUGGAGACCUGGCACUGCUGGGGGGAAGCGUCGGAGUUCACAUCGAGUGGGACUGUGACCUGGACCGCCCUGCUGCACAGUGCCAGACACAGUAUUCCUUCAGCCUGCAGGACAAGAGGUACAAUUUCAGAACUGCCUCCUACUUCUGGAGCUCCCAGCAUCAGCUCUCCCGGGACCUGCUGAAGCUCUAUGGGAUUCGCUUCCACAUCUCCGUGCAGGGACAGGCUGGGAAGUUCAGCAUCAUUCCUACUGCUGUAAGCUUUGGCACCAGCAUCGCCUUCUUUGGUGCUGCCACAAUUGUCUGUGACCUGAUUCUGCUCUACUUGGAUGCAAAGGCUGACCUUUAUUGGAAGGAGAAGUUCGAGGAGGCAAAACCUCCCAAAUGUAAGCCUGAGGCUGCAGCUUAG